AUGAAUAUUAAUUCAUUCAAUGAUAUAAGCAAUACAGUUGGAUAUUCUGGGCUAACAUUAAGUCUUGAAGAAAUUGUAAUACUUCGAAAUUCAUUAAUAAUUUUACAAAAAGAAAAUCAUUUUCUAAACAUAUUUCUUUGGGGCAAAUUACUUGGUAUUGCUAAAGAUUAUUAUAUAUCAUUUGGCUAUAGAAACGAUGCACUGCAUGGUCAAACAUAUUUCUACAGUACGGAUGGAUUCGUUUGGGAUUUGUUGCCAAAACCGAACAUGCGAAGUCGAUUAUUAACACCAUUAUGUGUAAGUCGCUUACAAGGUGAUCCAGCUCUGGUUGUGGAUGUUUACGAGCAAUAUGCAAAUACAAAACCAUUCGGAACGGAAGUAUUUAAAGAUCAUGGACGCUACUUUAAAGAGCUUAAAGAAGAGGAUCGUUUAUCAUCCCUUGUUGAAAUGUAUAAUGAAGAUGCAUUAAUUAAACCACGUGGAGCGCUAUUUAAACGAGCCGAUGGGGUUGUUAUCGAAAAUAAAGUGUACGAAGGUUUAUCCAUACAAGAUGCAAGAGAAAUUAAAUCAUACAUGCAUUGGAGAAGACCACAUCAACGAUGGAACACGAAUUUGUUAACACGUUACGAUUAUAAUUACGCUUUAGAUUUCUUGGAUACUAUCGAUAAAGAUAUACCAAAAACAAGUUGGACAUUACAUAUUGAACAUGGUACUAUAGCAAUAUUGCGCUCAUUAUAUUGGCCUGGUAUGACGUUUUAUCAGAAAAUUAACAACUCCGAACAUGGUAGUCUUUAUAUUGGAUAUGGUAAACGUAAUUUAGAUAUACCGCAUAUGUUACAUAAUUGGGGUUAA